AAUGUAUCUGCAUGAUUUAAUUUGUUGCGAUACGCGCUUCCAAUUUCCUACACGUAAAUUGAGAAAAAUCUGUGGAACACUUAUCUUAGUUAAUACUUCUCAAUCAGACGAGAAAAACAUUUUUUAACAAUAGUACAAAAAUGAACUUCCCCGAACUGGACCCGGGAAUACCGAAGUUGUUUUCGAACAAUUUUGCACAAAUGCUAGUGCGCAUCCGCCAUGUGUUUUCAAGGACAGAUACACUGUUGCGUAAAUAUGGUCGCUAUUUUUUUUAUUCAUGAAGAACGGCCUGGCCGUAUUACUAUGGCUAUUGGCCGCAGCUUUUUAUUUGCUAUCCGUCUGUCCGUAAAAAGUUGUAUAUAAGACGUCCUCAGGAUGAAGUCAGUUAUCCAGUUACAUUAGUGACAGUUAUCGUAAACCAAUCCAGCAAUCACAAUGAAGUACACCUUCGCCAUCGUCCUGAUCGCUCUGUUCGCGGUGAUCUCGAUAUCCCAGGCUAUGCCACAACCUGAAGAUGCCGCUGCUGCCUCUAACGAAGGUGCAAGCGCCGACAUUAAAUUUGAGGUGGAAUUAUCCCCGGAAGAGCUGGCUGCUCUUGAGUCUUUGGGAGGCCGCGCAUUUGACUGGAAGAAGUGGUUGGGUAUUGCUGCUCAGGUCAUUCCUAUCGUAAUUGGAAACUGAAGAAUAAAAAUUCAAUUAAA